CCGCCCUCCUCCACCAUGGGCGACUCUCCGGCUGGGAAGAGCCCCCCGGAUGCGGGGAAUUCCCAGGGGAGCGGCGCCGGGGGCUCGUCGCUGAGCGUCAUCUCGGAAGGCGUGGGCGAGCUGGCCCUCAUCGACGCCGAGGUGGCCAAGAAGGCCUGCGAGGAGGUCCUGGAGAAGGUCAAGCAGCUCCGCGGCGUUCCCGACGCCGUGGCCAACGGGGAGAGCUGCUCCGCGCGCUGCCUGGACGACCCGCCCGGCUCGCGGAUCCGCGAGGAAGAGGAGGAGAGCCCCGGCGCGGCGAGGACGGCGCGGAAGCGCCAGCACCAGGCCAAGCAGUCGUGGCUGCUGCGCCUCUUCGAGUCCAAGCUCUUCGACAUCUCCAUGGCCAUCUCCUACCUGUACAACUCCAAGGAGCCCGGCGUGCAGGCCUACAUCGGGAACCGCCUGUUCUGCUUCCGCGACGACGAGGUGGAUUUCUACCUGCCGCAGCUGCUCAACAUGUACAUCCACAUGGACGAGGACGUGGGCGACGCCAUCAAGCCCUACAUCGUGCACCGCUGCCGCCAGAGCGUCGACUUCUCGCUGCGCUGCGCGCUGCUGCUGGGCGCCUACUCCUCGGACAUGCACAUCUCCACGCAGCGGCACUCGCGCGGCACCAAGCUGCGCCGCCUCAUCCUCUCCGACGAGCUGAAGCCGGCGGGCAGGAGGAGGGAGCUGCCGGGCGCCGACGCCGGCCUCUCGCCCUCCAAGCGGACUCACCAGAGGUCCAAGUCGGACGCCACGGCGUCCAUCAGCCUCAGCAGCAACCUGAAGCGCACGGCCAGCAACCCCAAGGUGGAGAGCGAGGAGGAGGAAUUCUCCUCGAGUACGGAAAGCCUGGAUAAAUCCCUGGCUCCCCCGGCGCGGCUGGCCCCGGAGCGCGAGUUCAUCAAGUCGCUGAUGGCCAUCGGCCGGCGCCUGGCCACGCUGCCCACCAAGGAGCAGAAGACGCAGCGCCUCAUCUCGGAGCUCUCCCUGCUCAACCACAAGCUGCCGGCGCGCGCCUGGCUGCCCACCGCCGCCUUCCCCCACCACGUGGUGCGCGUGCCCCACUCGCAGGCCGUGGUCCUCAACUCCAAGGACAAGGCUCCCUACCUGAUCUACGUGGAGGUCCUGGAAUGCGACAACUUGGACACGGCGAGCGUCCCGGCGCGCAUCCCGGAGAACCGCAUGCGGAGCACGCGCUCGGCCGAGAACCUGCCCGAGUGCGGGCUGGGCGCGGAGCAGCGCGCCGGCGGCUUCGGCACCGCGCCCGGCUGCGACAACGACGACGACGCCUGGGCCGUGGACGACAUCGGCGAGCUCCAGGUGGAGCUCCCGGAGAUGCACACCAACAGCUGUGACAACAUCUCCCAGUUUUCCGUGGAUUCCAUCACCAGCCAGGAGAGCCGGGAGCCCGUCUUCAUCGCCGCCGGAGACAUCCGGUGAGCUCUGGGAAAACCGGGAGCUGUUCCACAAAAAAACCCGGAAUUAUGGCACUUCCCAGAGCGGAAUUCCAGGAAUUUUCCCUCGAAAAUUCCCCAGGAUCCCGACAUUUCUCAAAGCAGAAAUGCAGGAAUUUUUAAAACCCCNUGGCAGGAGAAAGUCAGGCGGAUCCGGGAAGCGUCUCCCUACGGCCACCUGCCCUCGUGGCGCCUCGUCUCCGUCAUCGUCAAGUGCGGCGACGACCUGCGGCAGGAGCUGCUGGCGUUCCAGGUGCUCAGACAGCUCCAGUCCAUCUGGGAGCAGGAGCGCGUCCCGCUGUGGGUGCGGCCCUACAAGAUCCUGGUGGUGUCGGCGGACAGCGGGAUGAUCGAGCCGGUGCUCAGCGCCGUCUCGCUGCACCAGAUCAAGAAGCAGUCGCAGCUGGCGCUGCAGGAUUAUUUCCUGCAGGAGCACGGCUGCGCCAACAGCGAGAGCUUCCUGUCGGCGCAGCGCAACUUCGUCCGCAGCUGCGCCGGCUACUGCCUGGUCUGCUACCUGCUGCAGGUCAAGGACAGGCACAACGGGAACAUCCUGCUGGACGCCGAGGGCCACAUCAUCCACAUCGACUUUGGCUUCAUCCUGUCCAGCUCGCCGCGGAACCUCGGCUUCGAGACCUCGGCCUUCAAACUCACCUCCGAGUUCGUGGACGUGAUGGGCGGCCUGGACGGGGACAUGUUCAACUACUACAAGAUGCUGAUGCUGCAGGGGCUGAUCGCGGCCCGCAAGCACAUGGACCGCGUGGUGCAGAUCGUGGAGAUCAUGCAGCAAGGCUCCCAGCUGCCGUGCUUCCACGGCUCCUCCACCAUCCGGCACCUCAAGGAGCGUUUCCACAUGAACCUGACGGAGGAGCAGCUGCAGCUGCUGGUGGAGCAGCUGGUGGACGGCUCCAUGCGCUCCAUCACCACCAAGCUCUACGACGGCUUCCAGUACCUCACCAACGGCAUCAUGUGAAAUUCCAGCGGGAAAAAAUUCCCGGGAAAAAGCAGAAACGAACCAAAACAAACAAAAA